AUGCGAUCAAGUUUGAGUGCCGAAGAUGUUGUUCGGGUUAGUGAGGAUUUGUCGGAUUGUAGGACGAGGUUGGAGGCUGGAAUUGAGGAGAAUCGACGGAAUCGACAAGUUAUUCAGGAUAUUAAUGAUCAGGUGAGCGAUUUUUGGGCUCAGGAGCUCGUGGGGACCGUCUUGAUACCAAAUUUCAUCUUUUUAUGGGUUCUGAAGGUCUCUGGGACCACUUUGAUACCAAACUUCACUUGGAUUGAGCUCCAGCGGGUUCACAGGUUCCAAGACUUCCUGGUGGAUGGGUUUUGCUAUCUAUGGGGAUCUAGGAGGUCCCGGGGAUUUUUCUGAUACUAAAUUUGACCAAAUUCUUUCCCGAGGAUCAUUUUGAUACCAAACUUCACUUGGAUUGAGCUCCAGCGGGUUCACAGGUUCUCAGACUUCCAGGUGGAUGGGUUUUGCUAUCUGGAAGCCACGAAAAUUGGGCUACUGUAGAUUUGACGCAAAUUCGAAUCAUAAUUUUCUUUUCUAGCCAAAAAAAAAUUUGGCAGAAAUUUUUGAAAAAAAUUGUCAAACGUGAACGUGAAAAAAACACGUGUCCCAAUUUUUUUCAUUUUAAUUUUUUUCGAAUUUUGGAAAAUGUGAGUUGAAAUUCGAAGGCCGUCAAAAAUCUCACCAUAUUUUUCCUACCCUAUGAAAAUCUCAUGGAAUUUCCCAAGGCUGUCAAAAAUCCCACCAUAUUUUUCCUACCCAUUUCAAAUCUCAUGGAAUUUCCCAAGGCUGUCAAAAAUGUCACCAUAUUUUUCCUACCCUUUUCGAAUCUCAUGGAAUUUCCCAAGGCUGUCAAAAAUCCCACCAUAUUUUUCCUACCUCUCUAAAAACCCUAGGCUGUCAAAAAUCCCACCAAACUUCUCCUACCUUCCCAUUUUCCAGCUCCAAAGAUUCCGUAAGCGUGCACAAGCGGAAUCCGUCGACUCAAUUCACAAUCUGGCCGCUGCCGCAACUUCCGCCAACUCCACAAUUUCCAACUUCCAUCAGAACUCAAUGCCCUCACUGACUAUCGACAUCCCUCUGAAUUCUCACGCCACAAUCCAUUCAUCCCGCUACUUCUACAGUAGUAAUCCGGGAUACCGUAGUCGCCACAAAUCCCUGGGAAAUCGUGGCGAGACCACCCGCUACAGUACUCCAUUUCGUCACAAGAGUUCCCCGAGGCUUUUGACGUCAUCCGGAGCGGGGGGAAAUGGGUCCUGGCACGGCGGAGAAGAUGAGGUGGAGAAUGUGGAAGAGUUGUUUGGCAGGUUGAGAGAGGAACUUUUCAAGUGAGUACUGUACUGUAGGGUUUUAGGGCGGGGAAAUUUGCGGGUUUUUGAAACCAAAUAAGCCUAUAGCGAAAUUUUGCCACGUGGAUUUUUUUUGGCGGGGAAAUUUGCGGGUUUUUGACACCAAAUGAGCCUAUUGGCAUUUUUAGAACCCAGAUGAGCUCAAAAAUAUCCCGAAUUGAAUUUCAGCUCAAAAAUUGUGCUCUUUUCCAGAAACAACACGCUGGAAGAGGUCAAUGAAAUGCUCCGGGAGGAAAAUGAUGCAGCCCUGGCUGUCAAUGAAAAUCUCCGAGUUGACGCAACUAAUCUGAGCAAGCAGCUACAACAAUUGCAGCAGCAACAGACUUCCGAAUCGAUGAGAUAUCGAUCGGAGAAUACGGUAGGCGUUAAUAUGAGCAAUGAUAUUUCUAACCUAAGCGCUCCAAAUUUCUUCCAGCGCUACCGUAAUCAAAUGGAGACGCAACAUCGAAAGCUGAUAAGUCUAUGGAAAGAAUUUACGGCUGUCAAAAGGCAGCUCCACGAGCUCAAAACUUCGGCCGCAAAUGAUUUGGAUCGACAAAUGACGGAGUUUUCGAGGUGCGCGACUUUGAUGAAAAAAGCUAUCAGGAAUUCGGAGCAGAAACAUCAGGAGCUUCAGGAGGAAAUGAAAAAAGAGAAGGAUGAAAUAUUGGAUGAGACAUUGAGACAAUUGAAUGAUGUUAGCGAAAAUUAUAUGAAGGUACGGUAGAUUACUCAAAUACCGUAUACCUUGCAGUUUGGCUACUGUAGAAGCUCUAUUGGGAAGGGUACUGUAGGCUCAAAUACCGUAUACCUUUGGUUUAAUUCCAAAUAACUGUAUCGAUAUCUGAAUUAUUGGUUACCGUACACCUUUGACUACUGUAGAAGGUUAGGAUACUGUAGUUGUAGUUUUUGCUUUGUAGAUCACAAUCUUCAGGUACUGUAGUUCUGAAGAUACAGUACACAUGGCAGUUUGACCUACAGUAAUUCAAACUGUAACUAAUAUAUCUGGAUUAUUGGUUACAGUAUACCUUGCAGUUUGAGGUACCGUAGUUAAUUAAUGUUACAAUAAUCCAAAGCACAGCAAUUUUCUUUAACCCUUGCAGUUUGACCUACAGUAACCCUAUUUUUUGCAGUCCGAAGAAAAAUCGCAAGAACGUCAACGAGACCUAAAACGACGUGAAGAGGAAAUUCGAAAAUUGCGCGAAAAAUUGGACGAGUUCCACGAACUCUGGGAGCAAUUGGCAAAAGUGGGCGGAGCCUCGGCAGGUGAGCAUUGCUCAGGUUAAAAAUUGAUAUUCUUAUAAUGGAAAAAUCACAAAAUAACUGUUUUUCCUGGAAAAACUGAAUUUUUUUCUCCAAAAUUCGAAAAAAACUAGAUUUUUGGGCCUAGAUUUUGAUGAAUUAGCCUAACUUUUUCAAAUUUUUUCGAAAUCCCUCCCCAAAAAACUCACCAAUCGCUUCUAUUUCUCAAAUCCCAAUCAAAAUCCUUGAGAAAUCCGAAAUUCUCCAAGUUUAAAAUCAUUUUUGACCCUGAAAACUCGAAAAUUUCAGUGUUUCUCUAGCAAAAAACCCACAUUUCUUCGAUAAUUCUCGAAUUUUCCGUUGGAAUCGAUAAUUCGAGCCUUGUAGAACAUCUGAAAAUUCAAUUUUUGACUGAAAUCCACUGAUUUUCCCCGGAAAAACUAAAACCAGCGAAAAAAAAAACGAAAAAUGAAAAAAAUAUUCUCGUGUUGCGCUAAACAGCGGGCAAGCCGGAGUGUCGUUGUGAAAGUCAAUUAAUUUUCUAAGUAUUUUUGCGCCAAUCUUCCCAACUUUAUACUUUUUUAACCGAAAAAACACCGGAAAAACAAAAAAAAAAGAAAAAAAUUAUCAUUGUGUGCAUUUGUGCGUGAUGACACCGUGACGCACAAAUGCACACAUUUUUCUUUUUUUUCUUUUUUUUUGCGUUUUUCGUGUUUUUUCGGGUUUUUCGGGUUUUUACCUGUGAAUUUUGUUGAAAACUUGAAGAAACUUUGAUUUUUCACCAAAAAAAUCUGAUUUUCAGCCGAUGAGCCGAUGGAAAUUGCUCGAAAGGUCAAAAAAUUGGUCACAUCCAAAAAUGUGGAGCUAGAAGAGCUCAGAGAAGCCGCGAGGCUUGCGGAAAAGGACAGAGAUCGUGCCAAGAGGGAUGCGGAAAGAGAGGAGCGGAAGCGGAGGGAUGCGGAAGAUGCGGAAAGGAGCCGAGCCAGUUUGUAUACGCAGAGAGAUCAAGAGAUCAAAAGGCUCGAGGAGGAACUUCGAAAAUCUUCGGAGAAGCUGCGUCAAAUUGACGCCGCACGCGUCGCCGCAGAGUCGCAGGCGACAUUGUCGCAACUCGCACUCGCUGACGUCACUUCUCAACACAAGCAAUUCAUCGAGGAAAUGUCGCAACGUCAUCGCGACGAACUCGCCGCACGCGACGUCGCUUUUGACGCGGCGGCGAAAGAGAGAGACGCAGAGGAGAAGAGACGGUUGGAGAAGGAGAGGGAGGAGCGAGAGAAGAGACGACGAGAGGUGGAGAGGAUGAGAGAGCAGAUGAGACAGGGGAAAUUGGAAGAGACGCAGAGGAAUGUGGAGAGAGAAGAGAUGGAGGAGAGAAUUAGAGAGCUAGAGAAGGAUGGGGCAGAGAUGCAGAGGAAGUUGGAGGAGAAGAGAGAGCAUUUGGAUCGGAGAGAAUUAGAGAUACAAGAGUGGCAGGGAAAAUUGGAAGAGACGCAGAGGAAAGAGAUGGAUUUGAGGAAACAAUUGGCUGAGGUGAGACGGGUUUUGACACGUGGAAUAUUUUGUUUGCUCAGGUGUUGCUCAUAUUAGGAAUUUUGUGAAAAAUGCAAAUAUUUAUUAUUAUUUUUUGUUGAAUUGCUCAUAUUAGUCCAAUUCUGAGAAAUUUUGAGCCAAAAUCCAAGUUUUUCAUGAAACUUUCGAGCAUUGCUCAUAUUAGACUAUAAGUUUUGUUUUUUUUUGGGGAGAAAUUUGAAGCAUUGCUCAUCUUAGUCCAAAAUUGAUGAAAUUCUGAGAAAUUUUGAGCCGAAAUUCAAGUUUUUCUGAAAAUUUUGAAGCAUUGCUCAUGUUAAUCGAAAAUUAAUGAAUUUUGGCCAGAAAAUCGAUCAUUAGGGCAUCAUUUCGAGUAUAAAAUGAGAAAUUUUUCAAAAAUCAGGAUUUUUGAGUUUAACAUGAGCAAUAAUUUUGAAUUUUCUGAUUUUGGGACCAUUUUUUGCAUUAAAAACUCUGGGAGCACUAAAAAUCCAAAAUUGCUCUAAAACUUUCAAUUUAACAUGAGCAAUGCUCAAAAAAACCGGAUUUUCCGAUUCUAGGCUCAGAUUUUCAGAAAAUCCAAGUUUCCGACCUAAAGUUUAAGAUUUUUAAGUUUAAUAUGAGCAAUGCUCUAAAAGCCAGAAUUUUUAAAUCCAGUCUCAAUUUUUGACGGAAAAUUUGAGAAAUUCAAGAUUUAACAUGAGCAAUGCGUCGAAAAAUUACAAUUUUUACCGAAAAUUCAAGAUUUUCAAGCUUAACAUGAGCAAUGCUCUGAAAAAUACUCUAAAAUCCUCAAUUUUCCAGGCUCAAUCAACAAUCAGCUCCCUGCAAUCUGAAUCCACCCAAAACCAGUCUGAAACUCAAGAAAUUCGCUCUGAAAUUCACGAAAUGUCCGAGCAAAUCAGCGAUUUAUCGCAAGAAAUUGACGCGAAAAAUGAGGAAUUGAAAGAAGCACAAAGUCUAUUGGCUCAAAAAUCGCAGGAAUUCGAAAAAGCUUGCGGAAACGCGGAAAACUUCCGCGCACAAUUCGAUGAAUCCGCUGAAGAAAUUGUGAUGCUCAAAAUGGAACUUCAGAAGAUCCAUGAGACAUCGCAUCAGAAUUUAAGGAUCGAGUUGGAAAAAUCAGUGGAACUUCAGAAGAAUGUGCAGAUCUAUAAGGAGGAAUCCAGCAAGUUCAGGGAACUUUGGGAGAAUUCUAGAGGAGAAUUGGAUAAGUUCCAGAGGACACUUGAAGUCAAAUCUGGAGAGGAAGAAGAUCUGAGGGGACUUCUAGAGGACCUUCGGAAGAACUUUGAUAAACUCACGAAUGAUUUGAAGGCGCGGGAGAUUAGCCUGGAAUCUGUCAGUGGAGAAAAUCAGGCACUUCGCGGAGCAAAUCGAGAUCUUGAAGAGCAAAAAAAUCAACUUCUAAAGGACCUGGCAACUUUGGAUUCUGAAAAAGAUUCUGAAGUUCUGGAGAAGCUUAGGAAGUUGCAAAAUGAGAAGUUGGAGCUGCAAAAUCAAUUGAGAACUUCUGAAUCUAAGAAUUCAGAGAUCUCGAAGAAGCUUGGAAUUCUUACGGAGGAAUUGGAAUUAGCGAAAGGGGAUUUAGCGCAAGUUCAGGAGAAUUUGGAGAGGGUUUUGGAGAAGAAUCGGAAAGAUUUGGCGAAAUUGCGGGAGGAGAAUGAACAAGAUCGUGUGGAACUUCAGGGAUCGAAGUCCAGCCUGGAAUCUAGACUGCAAUCUCAACUUCAGGAACUUCAGGCCCAAAUUCAGGAGCAUGAAUUGGCUCAGGAAAAACAUCAGGAGACAUCUAGAAGCCUUCAUCAAAAGAUCAGGGAACUUGAAGAGCGGCUUGAGAACUCGCAGAAAAUGGUGGAUGAAAAAUCAGAAGAGAUUUUGAGUUAUGAGAAGUCCGCGGAAAAUCAGCGGAAGGUUCAGCUUGCGGAAAAAGAGGCGGCGAUUUUGGUGCGGAAUAAAUUGGAGAUCAAAAUUGAUGAGUGCGAAUUGAGGAUGCGGAAGAUGGAGGAGGAAAUUGAGAAAUCGCAUGGUGUUGUGAAAGAUCGUGAGUUUGGGGUACUGUAGGAGUACUGUAGCGAAAAUUUGGAAUCUUUUGAUAUACAGAAGUCCUAUGCUUCAGAAGAGUACUGUAGGUGGGAAUAUGUGAUCUACAGUAGCUCUACAAUUUUAUCUCAAAAAAUAUCCAUUUUUCUAGAUAUUCGAGCUACAGUAACGGAUUACUGUAAGUCCAGAGAUUUGGAAUUUUUGUUUUAAGAGUACUGUAGAAGGGUACUGUAGGUGCAAACAUUAAAAACAUUCCGAGAUACGGUAGCUCUGCGAUUUUUAAGAACAAAAAUUAAAAUUUUGGUUUACUGUAGAGUACUGUAGAUCUGAAAUUUACAUGUUUUAGAGCCGAAAAUUCUGAUCUACAGUAACCUUAUACAUCCUUGGAGUACUGUAGCCAAAAUAGGUCGAAUUUGGUGUCAAAAAACGUGGAUUUUUUGAGCCAAGGUUACUGUAGGGCUCAUUAUUUUUUGAUCUACAAUUUUCUAUUUUCCAGGUGAUUCUCAAAUCCACGCGCUGGAAUCCAACACAAUGGAACUAAUCGAUAAACUAGAUGCACAAAAAUUGGAGUUAGAGCAACUCGCAGCCCAAAUUUCGGCAGAAAAUCGAAAAUCUCAAGAAUCCCACAACUCUAGGCUCCAAAAUCAUCAAAAAUUCGAAGAAAAUCGCAAAAAAAUGGAGGAAUUCACAGAGAAAAUAAGGGAAAUGAGCAAAAAUGAGCACAUUUUGAAGAUGAAAAAUAUUGAGCUGCAGGAGAAGAAUAGCGAAUUGCAAGCUGAAAUUUUAAAGUCUGAAAAUCGCGCGAAAAAUCUGGAAUUACAGUUGGUCGACAGACAAAUGAAGCAAGAAAUUAGCGGAGAUUUGGUGAAAAAAAUGGAAAAAGAUGCGGAAACUAUGCUUCGAGCCGCGAAAAAUGAGCAAAAUCGCCUUGGGGAUUUGGAAAAAACGAGAAGAGCUCUGGAAGAGCAAAAUUCGAAAUUGGCCGCAGAUUUAGCGCAAGUUCGCGCAGCUUUUGAGGCGAAAAGGGAAACUUCGAAGAGUGCGAUUGGUGAUAUUUUGGUACAGUAUCGGAAGGCGGAAGAGAAGGCGAAUUCGGAAUAUUUGGAAGGGCAGAAGUUGCGGGGAGAAAUGCAUGCGAUGAGGUACGGUAGGGCCGAAAAUUUGCAGCAUUUUGAACCUAAAUAUGAAGGGGUUACUGUAGUUUUUGCCGCGAAAAAUCCACGUAUUUUGAUACCAAACAUGGUAUAUUUUCGCGCCCAAAAAUCCACAGUAACCCGGGUUACUGUACUGUUUUUUGCAGCUUGAAAAUCGAGCGUCUGGAAUCGCAACUUCGCGAAAGUCAAAAACGAUUCGAUGAUUUGCAAUUGACGUUGAAUAAUGUGCAAAGAUCGGCCAUGGAUUCGCUGCAAAAUCGUGAGUUUUUGGCAUUGCUCAUGUUAAUUUUUGGAUUUUUCAGCGAAUUUGGGUUCGAAAGAGAUCUCAUAAGGUUAGGCUUAGGCUUAUGAUGUUUUUAAUAUGAGCAAUCCUAAGCCUAAGCUUGUGAGGUAUCUUUAGAAUCCAAAAUUAACAUGAGCAAUGCUCAAAAAUAUUCUAAUAUGAGCAAUCUUGAGCCUAGGCUUAUGAGGUCUCUUUGGAACCCAAAUUCCAUGAAAAAUUCAAAAAUUAACAUGAGCAAUCCUUAAAAAUAUUCUAAUAUGAGCAAUCCUAAGCCUAAGCUUGUGAGGUAUCUUUAGAAUCCAAAUUCCAUGGAAAAUUCAAAAAUUAACAUGAGCAAUGCUCAAAAAUAUUUUAAAAUGAGCAAUCCUAAGCCUAAGCUUGUGAGGGCUCUUUGGAACCAAAAUUCCAUGAAAAAUUCAAAAAUUAACAUGAGCAAUGCUCAAAUUUUCCAGCUCUCGGUAGAUCAAAUCGCUCAAUCCACGUCGAAAUUCCACGUUCCUCAAGCUCACAUGCCUUGGCUCACAACACAUCUGAUCAAACUACACACAAUUCGGAGCUCAGCUCGAGUUUCAGUAUAACCCUGCGAUUCUUGAAAGAUCGAAUCGAGCAACUCGAGUUAGACAAAAUCGAGAUAGCACAGGAAAACGAGAGAAUCAGAGAUGAGAGACGGCGAGACAUUGAAAGAAUCGAGGAGACGGCGAGACGGUUAGAGACAGUGGAGAGAGAGAAGAGGACGCUAGAGACGCAGAGGAAUGAGAUGGAGGCGAGAGUGGCGAGUCAACGACAAAUGUAUGUGACGAUGGAGGAGACGCAGAGAGGCAGAGACGUAGAGCAACGUGGAUUACGUGCCAAAAUUGCCACGUUGGAGAGGCAUUUGAGAGAGAAGGAGACGCAGAGUUUUGGGCUGAGGAAGGAAGUUGAGCAGCUCGCCGAGCAAUUGACAAGUGCCAGAAAUGCGCCGAAGCCUGAAGUCUCCCUGAGCUCCACAGGGCUCCUGGAAGACUCCCUGGAGCAAUCGAAACGUGCUCGAGAACAACUGGAAGUUGCUCUGAGAAAGACAGAGGGCAUGGUGGAGACGCAGAGAAAAACGGUGGAGAAUUUGGAGCGAGAGCGGAAGAAUCUGAUGCAAGACGUGGCGGAUGAGCAGAAGAGCCAUCAGGCGACGCGGAAUGCGUUGCAUGAGGCGCGGACGCGGACAGCGGCACGGAGUCAGGAAAGAGAGCAGGAGGUACGGUAGGGGGAGGUGAAGAGCUUUAAAAUGAGACCGAAUAUGAUAGGGUUACUGUAGGGAACAAUUUUGGAUUACUGUAGAUUUUUAUACAGAAUUUUGGAUGAGCUUCAAAAUGAGACUAAAUUCGAUAGGAUUACUGUAGACAGUUAUCUAGGUUACUGUAGCUCAAAAGAGGAGAUGAUGAGUUUUAAAAUGAUAUCAUUUAAUAGGAUUACUGUAGAGGAAAAUCUGGGUUACUGUAGUUUUUUUUAACUUUGUAGUGUAGAUGAAGAGCUUCAAAAUGAGACCGAUUUUGAUAGGAUUACUGUAGAUUCAGACAAUUCUGUCUACAGUAAUCCAAGAAUACUGUAGCUCAUUUUGAAGCUCAUGAAAUCUUCUACAUAACCAUCUACAGUACUCUAGGAUUACUGUAGCUUUCUAUUGUUUUUUUUCAAAAAAUGACCUGAUUACUGUAGAUUCUGACAAUUUUUCUACAGUAACCCAAAAACACUGUAGAUCAUCUUGAAGCUCGUGAAACUCUCUACAAGAUGAGCUACAGUACUCCACAUCUACAGUACUCCGUCAACUACAGUACCCUUGUUGUUCCAGGCCCAUUUCCAUCAUCAACAAGUGCAAAACGAGCUCGUCGCCAAAAAUCAGCAACUUCAUCGUGAAUGCGAAAAACUGCGUGUCGAGACGCGCGAUACAGUAACCCGUCUGACUACGGUAGCCGCCAAGUCCGAUGCGGAACAGAAGCGGAAUGCGGAACUUGCGGAAAAACUGCACGCCGUGCAGGUUACUGUCAGUGGAAUGCGGAAGUUUGAAGAGGAAUGGAAGCGGUUGGAGGCGGAGAUGCGGGAAGAGUUGAAGGCGUUGCGGAAAGGUAUGUGCGGGGGACUAGGAAUCCAAAUUUGGGAUUCUAGGCCAUCAAAACUAGUCCCUGAGCUAGUAUUGGAUUUCUAGACCAUUUCUGAACCAUUUUUCGGCUUUCUAGGCCAUCAAAACUAGUCCAUGAGCUAAUUUUGGGUUUCUAGGCCAUCAAAACUAGUCCCUGAAGAAGUUUUGGGAUUCUAGGCCAUCAAAACUAGUCCCCGAGCUGAUUUUGGGAUUCUAGGCCAUCAAAACUAGUCCCUGAAGAAGUUUUGGGAUUCUAGGCCAUCAAAACUAGUCCCUGAAGAAGUUUUGGGAUUCUAGGCCAUCAAAACUAGUCCCCGAGCUAGUUUUGGGAUUCUAGGCCAUCAAAACUAGUCCCUGACCUAGUUUUGGGUUUCUAGACCAUUUCCAGACCAAUUUUCAACCUGAAAUUAAUUUCAGACAAGCUCCACAACACGGCUGAAAUUGAAGAGCUGCGCCGUCGAAAUUUGCGUGCUGAAACUGAAAAAAAAGAGAUUGAGGGGAUUCGGAUCCGGCUUGAAAGAGAGAUUAGUGCGCUGAGAAGACACGUGGAUUUGGUGAGUUUUGGGCGACCGAAAAUUUGGCGUUUUUUGAUACCAAAUAUGGGGCGGGGGGGACUAGUUUUCCAAAUUUUGACGAGUUUUUGGGUUUCUAGGCCAUCAGAACUAGUCCCUGGACUAGUUUUGGGUUUCUAGGACACCAAAACAUAACCAAGGACUAGUUUUGGGUUUCUAGGCCACCAGAACUCUACAUUUGGAUUUCUAGGCCACCAGAACUUUACCAAGGACUAGUUUUGGAUUCCUAGGCCAUCAGGACUCUUCCAAAGGCUUAGUUUGGUUUUCUAGGCCACCGAAACAUCACCAAGGACUAGUUUUGGGUUUCUAGGCCAGCAGAACUCUUCCAAAGGCUGAUUUUGGUUUUCUAGGCCAUCAGAACUCUUCCAAAGGCUGAGUUUGGGUUUCUAGGCCAUCAGAACUCUUCAAAAUGCUGAUUAUGGUUUUCUAGGCCAUUUUAUUUCUUCCUAAGGCUAAUUUUGGAUUCCUAGGCCAUCAGAACAUCACCAAGGACUAGUUUUGGAUUCCUAGGCCAUCAGAACUCUGCCAGGGACUAGUUUUGGAUUUCUAGGCCAUCAGAACUCUGCCAAGGACUAGUUUUGGGUUUCUAGGCCCCCAGGGACUAGUUUUGGAUUCCUAGUCCAUCAAAACUAGUCCCCAGCUCAAUUUUCACCCAAAAACCUCCCAAAAAUCCCAAUUUUCCAGCUCGAAGAAGAGAAAUCGCGCACCGAAAAAGCGAUAAAAGAAACAAUGAUCGAAAAACGAGCAAUCGAUAAAAGCCUAGCUUCAAUGGAACGCGAAAAUCAACAAUUGUAUCGGAAUUGUCAACAAUUACAGCAGCAAAUUCAGAAUUUGGAAAAAGAUGCUGGAAAUAAAAGUGUGGCGAAAUUGGCGAAGGAACACAGUGUUUUAGAGGCACGAAUUGGAGCGCUGAUUGAAGAGAAACGACAGGUUUGAAAGCGGGGACGAGGAAAUUGCUUUUGGGAAUCUAGGCCAUGCGAAAAAAUAGCAAAAAUCCAGUUUUUUGCAUGUUUUUUGGUCAUUUUUGAGCUGGGGACUAAAAAUUGCAUCAUGGCCGAAUUUUUUGAAAAGUUAGGCCAUGCGAAAAAUAGCAAAAAUCCAGGUUUUCCCAUGUUUUUUGGUCAUUUUUGAGCUGAGGACUAGAAAUUGCAUCAUGGACGAAUUUUUUCGGAUUUCUAGUCCUCCGUUUUUUUUUUGAAAAUUCAAAUUUUCCAAAAAAUCACAUAUUGUUCGGUAGAGCGCGUUUGCUUUUUUGUUCAAAAAAUCCUCAAUUUUGCAGCUCCAAACCCUGCUUGACCAACGAGACUCCGCAUUUACGCACAAAAAACGUCUCCUCGAAUCGCAAUGUCAAUUGCUCCGCGAGCAAUUGGAAGCGGAAAGGCGGAAACGAGUUAGCGCAACUACAACUAGAAGAACAACACAACAAUUUAGGGUAUGAUACAAAACUAUAGUCUAGUCUAGUCUAUAAUGCUUCUAGUCUCUUUCUUAUAAUACAAUUUGUCCAUUUUAUGUGCCAUUAUUAACUUCUUGGGUGGUCUGGGGGGCUUCUGGAGGAUUCUGGAGGCUUCUGGGGGCUUCUGAAGGUUUCUGGAGGCUUCUGGAGGCUUCUGGAGGCUUCUGGAGGAUUCUGAAGGCUUCUAGAGGCUUCUGGAGGCUUCUGGAGACUUCUGGAGGCUUCUGAAGGCUUCUAGAGGGUUCUGGAGGCUUCUGGAGGUCUCUAAGGCCCCCAAAGCCCCUAAGCCCUUUCCGGGCCACCCAAUUUUUCCCCCAAUGAUCUUUCCCCGCCCGGUGCAUUUAUUUAUGUUUUCUCAAUUUAUUUAUUUUCCUACCCUUGUCCUUUCUUGUGUUUAUGCUGGGCCUUAGGGCCUUAAGGCUCUUAAGGCCUUAAGGCCCUAAUUUAGAUACUAAUAUUAAUUUUUCCAAUAAAUUUUUUAGUUGCUUUGCAUGUUUUGGUUUGAUUUACUUUUUUUUCGACUAACUUUGUGUUUUGUCCUGAGAAAAUUUUUUAGAAAUUUAAAAAUCUGAAAAUUUUGAACUGAAAACUUGUAGCUUCAGAAAAUGUUCUAAAAAAAAUAUUUGAAAAUUUCAGAUUUUCAAUUUUCAAUCUCAAAUUUGGCUGAAAAUCCCGAAAAAAUCGGGUCAUUUUUAGUGAUCAGAAGAUCAGGGGUUCGAUCCCCGGUGCCUGCGGAAUUUUUUUUUUUUUUUGAAAUUCAGAUGAUUUUCAGACAAGUUUUCAGCCUGAAUUUCAGCUUCAAAAAAAUUCGCGAGUUAGCCCAAGUUUCUUAAAUUCAAAAAUUUUUGUCCAAAAAAAAUUUUGUCCAAAACAAAACAUGUGUUUUUGAUUUGUGGUGUAAACCAGCGAACAAAGAAGGAUUUUUUGAUUUAUUAUUUUUUUUGGAAAAUUUUUGAUUUAUCGAAAAAGCUCCUCUACAGUACUCCAGAAUAUAAUUUUCAAAUCUUCUGAUCUACAGUACCCCUCUACAGUACCCCGAAACCCCAUUUUUUCCAGAAAAUCGAAUAUCACCACGUGUAUCAUCGCAGCUCACCUACAGUAACCUCACCUAAAUUUGUGGCCGAAAAAUCUACAGUACCCCCCUCUACAGUACCCCAACAGAUUUCGCCACUCUCACAAACCGACUCAUACACUUCGGGUACAUUAAUUAUGUGAUUUUGAAUUUUUUCGCUCCAAAAUUUGAUCUACAGUACUACUGUAGUACUGUAGUGUAGAUCUGUUUUGGGUCCGAAAAAAAUUUUUUUUUGAAAAAUAAAAAAAUUUUCUUUUUUCUAGAAGAAUCCUCCUCAACAUUCUCCAAAAAUCAGAGAAAAAAAUAA